AAAUUGCUAUGGCAAAAUCAUGUCCAGAAUACUUUGACAAACGUCUUGUACCUGAUAUUUCAGUUUAUCAUGUAGAGAUUAGUAUGAAAGAUUGGUUAGGCAGUGGCAAUAUAUAUAUGCAAAUUCCAAAAUGGAUCCAACAAUACCAAUUAGACCAUGGAUUAGUGAUUAACUCAAGCGGGUUUACUCUCAGUGUAAAGCCUGCUAUAGAAUUAACAUUUGAGCCUUCUAUCGAAUUUCUUAACUCACCUAAAAAAAUGUUAAGUAUUUCAUAUGUAGCAACACAAAAAGAUUUAUUAUAUAGGAUGAAUUACAUUGAUAUAUUUAACAGUUCACAGAGCUUAUUAGAUAGUAUCCCAUUUGUGGACUUAACCAUUGAUGUUUUACCCAUAAAUGUCAUUCAUUGUGACAUAAUGUAUGAACAAAUCUUAUUGACCAUCCCUAAAGACGGAAUUAGACUUUCUAAGCAAUUUGAAGACGCUAUUAAAAAUGCGUUAAAAGAAGAAAGUCCAUACCAAUAUCUGGAGGAAAUCUUUAAAGAAUAUGGACAAGUUUUUUGUUUAAAUUUAGCUGUUGGUGAAAGAUUGUCCAAUCUAAACGAAUUUACGCAUCUUGAGCAGGAAAGCCUUACAAAAAUAACAAGCAAUGGAUUUGAAAAAAUAACGAAUUGUCAUAAGGUUUUGGAUGAAUGGAAAAAUUUCCUUAAUCAACAUAAAAUGGAUUCAACAAAGUUUUAUUUGUCCAAUGGCAAUUCAACAGUUAAAAUUAACAAUAUAAAUGACAUUGAUCUGUAUCUAAAUACUAUUUCUGAGAAACCAGAUUCAUGGAAAAUUAUUAACCGCAUGCAAUUUAUACCUUUAUAUAAACUUCUUAAAGAUGGUUUGCAAAAGGAAAUAGAAAGUUUACUAAGUAAUGAAGAGCGAGUUUUGAUGGAUGGUUAUUUUAAGCUCGAAAAUAAUAAAGUUCGAAAUUAUAAAGUAGACUUUGAUUUUUUCCUAAAAAGUGAUAAUUAUCAAGUUAUUGGUUCGAUAGUUUCAAAUAAUUUAAAGAGACCGGAUUUAAAUUUAAGAUUUCAAAUGCUAAGUGUUUCUGGAUUUUCCGUUGUUAUUGAGGAUGUUGAUAACAAAGAGAUAUCAAAAGAAACAAUUGAAGAGUUUGUAUAG